CAGCUUAUUCUCGUAAUUUCGCGAUUAGAUUGAAAAUUCGCUGCUUCAAAGACUCCUACGCUGGGAGAAAUUUCAUUUCACCUGCUCUCUAUUUUUUUUUCCUACAAUGUUUUUCCACACCGAUCGAGCUUUUCCGUUGAAAAUUUAUUACCCGUGGUAUCAGCAAAAGUCUUAUCAAUAAACGUUCCACGGACCAUAACUCGAGGGUACACCUUCCAGUGUUUUUGCUGGGGAGGGGUUAUCAGAUCUCCUGUUAUGAAAUUAUUUAAAAUUUCAUAUUUCGAACCAAAAUCGUUCAGUUUUCUAGUCAAAGUGGAAUGUUGAGGUGGUCUACCUGUCUCUUGGUAUUCCAUUCUUAGUAUUCAGUUUUUAGUAUACUUUGAGCUAAUAAUUUGAAGUAAUUUGCGUUUUCUUUCAAAGUCAAUUCUAAGCUUUUAAAAAGUCAACGUUUUGUUUUUUUCUUGUAAAUUUCUGUUCUUAUACACAUUUACCUAUGGCAGCCUCCGAAACACCUUCAGUAUAUCAAGCUUGGCAACACUGUUGGCUGGGUACAUACUCCAAUAGGAGGCAGGAAGACGCAUGCGUCGCGCUCACCCUCCCAAUUAGAUCAUCCAGUUCAAUUAGUUCGCGCUAUUUUUUGAACUUGUGCCCGUUUUCCGGAUUGCGGAAAUCGCCUGCUGGAGAUUGAAACGAAGAUAUUGUACCUGCUUUGCUGUGCUAUUUUGGAAACUUCAAUCGGUUUCUUCUUCUGGGUACACAACACACAUGCGGUGUGGUCAUUGGUGAUGUUGGGCUUCGCGUGUUUGCCGGUUCGCUGAAGUUGCCGUUUGCAUGCGUGUAGAAUCUUUUUCUUCAUCGAGUGUACAUCCAGUUUCACAAAAUUCCUUUUCCACCUUCUCGUCAAAGCUUAGCUAACCUACUGCUACUGCUGUCUGUGUUCGAGUAUAUACGAGUAUAUGAAAAAUCGCAUUAGUCUUCUUUCUCAGCCGCGCUCAUUAAAGUUACCUUUGACAAUCGAAGUCGAAGUAAUGAACGCAUCGUGAUUAUGACGACGAACAGUAUAACAUCAACUACAACAACAACGACGACCAAAACGACGCCGAAAAAUUUAUAAAUGAAAAUCGAUAGCGUAGAAAUGAUCCAUAAAAAUGGUAACGUUCUGGGGCAGCCUGUCGCGUUACCUUUGAAACGUAAAUCUUUAUUGAUCCUGAAUAAUAAUUCGGUUAUCGUCAAAAAGAAUCCUAAAGUUACCGAAGACGAAAUAACCGCAUCGGAGAGCAACGACGAUAACAACAACGAUUACGUAGACCACAGCAACGACGAGGACGACGACGGCGUCGCCGGCGAGACGAAAUUCUACGACAAUGAUUUCAAGUGUCCGGUGUGCUCGGAGACCUCGUUGACCGUCGAAGCGCUAGAAGAACACUUGAAACAGCAUCCGAAUUACAAGCCGACGUGUAAUCAAUGCGGAGAAGUGUUUGCCGAUGUGGAAAUAUUGAUCAAACAUACCGCCAUGCACGUGACGGAUAAAUGUGCCAUACGCAAUAAUCAAAUAAAUUUGAAGAUAUUAAAUUAUUUAGAGAAUAAGAAUACAAUUUACCAAAAAUUAGCCGAAACUAUCGAUGCUAGUCAAUCGUACAGAUGUAACUUCUGCAACGAGUUAUUUAUCGGUAGUCACUUCAUGACGCAUUGGAAACAGUGCAAACAUUUCCAAUCGGACGAUUCGAAUUCCAAGCUGACCAAUUCGGACGAAUCGUAUAACGCCGACAAGUCACCAAAAGACGGCUCUUUGGCUGACGAGAACGAAGAAGCUGAAGAAAUGAAGAGUCAUUUUUUAGCCGGAUUAAAUCUGCAGAGUAAAAGCGAUCGAUUAUCCGACGAUGGUAGUUCGCCCGAAAAAUGCGAUCUAGUCGCUAAAUUAUCCGGCAAAGAUGUCUCUUCGUAUCCUAAACAUCCGGCUUUCAAAGACGACGACCUAAACGACGACGACGAUCCGUUCAAAUUAGAAGUACGAGAUAUGAAACGAAGAGGCGAGUUUCCCUGUCGAAUUUGUAAGAAGAUUUUCCGAAAUUUACGAGCUCUCAAAGGUCACGCUCGUAUUCACAUCUCUGGUAAUCGAGGCAUAAUGCCUUACGAAUGUAACAUUUGCUCGUUCACCACGUCCGAUAAAUCGGUGGUCAUUCGUCACAUACGUAAUCAUAACGGCGAUCAUCCGUACAAAUGUCAGUUGUGCUUUUCCACCUUUACCACCAAAGCUAAUUGCGAACGUCAUCUACGCAACGCUCAUCGUAAAACAUCUCGAGAAGAUAUUAAAAAAUUGCUCGUCGAUUUGAACCAUAAAACGCCAAAUAACAACAACAAUACCACCUCCGGUCCUAACUUCAAUAACAAACUUCAGACAUUGCUGACGAAUAACAAGAAACCGAAUAUUAAUAAACUGUUGGCCAAAAAAAUACCCGAAGAAUUCGCUCAGAGUUUCUGCCCCGAAGACUUUUAUCGAAAAGUUAACGAAAGAUUGGAACAUUCCGAAGAUGAAAAAUCCGUUCGAAUGUACGACGAUGGCAAUAUCUCAUUCAACGAUCGUAGUGUAGCUCGUAGCGACGCUGACGACAGCAACAAUAGCAACGACAGUAAUAACAACACCAAUGCUGCCGGAAUUAUGAACUCGUGUAAAAAAAUGGAAGAUUUUGCAGCCGUUAAUCCAAUCCUGCUGGCAGGUUCGGAUUACAAAUAUCCUACUUUCCAUUUACCAGGCGGAUUAGAUAUGCGUUUAUCUAAAUCGGAGAAACAAUUCUACGAGGCUAACUACAAAUCGUAUAACGACGCUAUUGUCGGAUCAGGUCUAAUACCGACUAUUAUUAAAGAUAACGGAUUUAUUAAAGUUCCUUGCUUCGAGAAUACAUUCGUACCGAAUGGCGUCGGAGGCUGUAGUUCCAGUUCCGAUCACGACGAACCUCUAGAUUUGAGCGUCGACGUCCUAGAUUUGAGUAAAAAGAAAGACGACGCCGGCGGAGACGAUUCAGCCGCCGAAGAUCUCUCGGUGAAAACAUGUCGCGAGAGCUUCAGCAGCGAGAAAUCAGAAACCACGUCUCCGAUUCGUAAACCACCCGCUGCUGUUAAUCCUUUACUGGUCGGCAACAUGAACCAAAGCUUGUUUUUCGCCAAAGACGAUUUAAGAUACAAUUUCCCCAACAACCACCAAAUGGUUACCAACUUCUCAUCGUAUUUUAUGCAAAAUCCAGCCGUCAAUUUAUUCUCGAAUAAUUUGAAACUCGAACCCGAAGACGACCACGCUAAAAUACGUCCUCUUAUAUUCAGUCAUCUUGUCGCCAACGCAGCCGAAAGAUACGAAGGCAUAAGACCAAACGUACCACCGUUCGUAGACUUCACCAAAAAACCAGAUCCUUCAGUCAACGAAGAAAUUAGUCACCACCAUAAUGAGAAAAUCGCGGCAGCCGAUAAUGCUAAAUUCAACCAUACCAAAGAUAUGCCGGUCAAACCUCGUAACAACAAAUCAUCGACCGUGAAAAUGGUCAUGAAAGAUGGCGUACUCGUCGAAAAACAAAAACAACGUCGUUACCGUACCGAAAAACCAUUCUCCUGCGCGUACUGUUCCGGUAGAUUCACUCUGCGCUCGAAUAUGGACCGACAUGUCAAACAACAACAUCCCGGAUUCUGGAGACAACGCCAACGUGGCGGAUCUACCAGGCAACAACGAACAAAACAUACCAAAGAAGAGUCGAACUCCGAAUCAGCAGCUUUUCCUUCGACUCUGACCUCAGACAUCGUAUCCGAACAAGAGACCACCUCGCACGACACCGAUUACCCGAUGAACCCAAUCGUCGCAUGUGGUAAACGAUCUCCUAGCUACGCCAGCGAUCACGAAGCUGACACCGAAGAUAACGUGGAAAAGUGCAAGAAGAAGAAAUCCGCCGAAGAUGUCGAUAACUCGGUUUGUGACGAUGACGACGACGAUGACGAAGAAUUGGUCAUAGAUGAAGAAAUGGACGAGCACGAGAGCGAAGAAAAAUCCUGUAGCGAACCUUCCACCGCUAAUACUUCCUGCGAGAAAGAUACCAGCAGUUCGGUCAAAGAGGAGAAUCCUGAUUUGGCCAGCGUUAGAAGUCUUCUUGAUAACGUGUCCACCCAAACGUUCAGUCAGUAUUUUCGCCCCGAAGAUGAUCCGAAUAAUAAAAACGGAGAUGGCAGCGAUGAUGAUGAGGAAGGAUUAGUGGCCGGUAGCAGUAGCGAAGGCAAUGGAUCCGGCGGAGAAGAAAAUAGAGCUUCGAACGAAUCGAAUUCGAAAAACGCCAACAAAUCGACCCCCGGAGAUGGUACGAAGAAGAAGAAAAGCGCAUAUUCUUCUGCACCAAAUCGAGUCCAUUGCGAUUUCUGCUACAGAUCGUUUCCAUGGGCAUCGUCGCUGCGACGUCAUACUCUAACCCAUACCGGCCAGAAACCGUACAAAUGUUCCAAUUGCCCGCUUUUGUUUACAACGAAAUCGAACUGCGAUAGACAUUUCCUUCGGAAACAUCGUUCGCAAAUGAACGAUUCGAAUCAACCGAGCACGGUGACGGUGAUUAGUAACGCGGAAAACGACGCUUCAUCUUCCAGUACUAGAUUGAUACCGAAUUUUUCUAUGCGAAAUGUACCCGAGCGACCGUUCAAAUGCAGCAAUUGCCCUAGUUCGACAUUCUCCACGUAUAAUAAUCUUAAAAAACAUAUCAUCGAGAAACAUAACCAAAGCGACGAGAAACUGGUGAUCGAUAAUGCGAAAUCACCUUCGUAUUCGAACGAUUCGCCGACCAAAUGCAGCAAAAAAGAAGAUAUCAGUUUAUCAGAUACUAGCGACGUUAGCGUUGUCGAAAAACCCACCCAGGGCGAAUUACCCAAAGAAAAAAGUAAUCCGGCUACGGUGGCAGGGGCCGCUGGAUAUGACCAAGCUGGCUUCUUCAACCACGUAUCUUCCGAUUUACCAUUCAAGUGCCAUCUUUGCGAUCGUAGUUUCGGUGAAAGACAAGAGGCGCUGGAUCACAUGGGCGAAAGCCAUUCGGUCGAGUUUCAGCAUCUCAUUUGUAAAGGAGCGCUCGACAUGAAUGUCAAAAUGGAGGAUUCCAUUAAUCACGAAGACGGUAUGUUCAUGAGCUCCGCCAAUAGCGACGAAAACAAUGCCGAGCAAUGUCGAGGGCGUUUUCCCGAUUACUCGAGUCGAAAAGUAAUUUGCGCUUUUUGUUUACGACGUUUCUGGUCAGCGGAAGAUUUACGCCGUCAUAUGCGAACUCAUACCGGAGAACGACCAUUCGCAUGCGAUAUUUGUCAACGUAGAUUUACCUUGAAGCAUAGCAUGCUUCGGCAUCGUAAAAAACACUCCAAUAAAUCGUCCAGCUUCGUUUCAACAUCUGGUGAGAAUUCACCGAUCUCCGACGAUGAAGAGCCACCUUCGCCUGGAUCGUUCACACAAAGUAUGAAUCGAUCGAGUGAUGAAAAAGCCUCCGAACUAAUCUCCAUUUCGCACAAGUUGAUGAAAAGCUACGAUUCGCAAGAUGCGAACGACGUUAAUUCGAAUUUUUUCCCUAAUUCGGACAAAGAAGCUAAAACUACGGAAACUACGAGUAAAUUAGCCAGCGUUAAAACAAAUCUAUCCAAAGAAGAUGGUGUUGAUCUCAUUGCUAAAUUAUUAGAUAUAGACGAUAAGUCCUUGGUCGAUGAAAUGUUAACCAGUAAAUCGGCCGAUGAUGUUGCCAAAUUAUUAGGAGUUAAGAAAUAAUUCAAGUGUCUUAAAACUGAGCACCGUAGAGGCUGAUAGCUUUUUUUUGUUACACUUUUUAUUUUUUCGAUUGAUUUAUUAUUUGUGAUUUCCAAAAAUGAGCUUAUUACCGUUUAUUAAGAUACGACUGUAGGAUUGUUUUUUUUUUCUAGGUUAUUUAACUUGUUUCCUUUUUUUAGUUGUUGUUCUUUUUUAUACCUAAAUAAUUUUACAAAAGUUUUAUGUUUUCGAUAACGUAUGUAAUACGAUGAUUCUAUGCCUAUUUAAAUUUUGAUGCCGGAUAAGUUGCCUAUACUUGACCCCGUAUUUUUUAAAAGUCGAACUAUGCGUCACGAUGAUUUUCAACUUUAUGUUUUUCUCUCUCUCCUUUUAUUUUUUAAAUUUUCUUUUCCAAUGAUUUUAAAAUCUCUUGAAAUAAUCUUCAAAUCUCUUAUCAUAAUUUGAAGAUUAUUUCAACAGCGUUGUUUUGUUCGAUUACGAAAUAUUGUCGAAUAUCUGUUAUCGCAGAUUACUCGAUUCAAAUAACAGAUAUUUGACGAUUGUCUCCGUUAUUUUUCAUAAUUUUAAAUUCAAAUGGCGCCUAUUUUUUUCCAAUAAGAUGAAAAAACACUUGAACUUGGCUAUUGUUCGACAGGAACUAUCAAGAAUACUACAUACUCGUACUUCAAUUCGAAUGUAAUCAGUAUUCUUAACAGUUAUUGUCUGCAUAUUCACAGCGAACUACCAAAUCGUGCCUCAAUUUUGCCUCGUUAAGAGUUAAUUUGAAAUUUAUACAAAAUAUACCUACGAAUUAUAAUUUUUUUCGUGACUACGAAGAUCCAUUCUUUUGUUUUUGUCAUUGUUUUUUCACUUCGAGUUGAGCGUAGAAAUUAGUUUAGGAUUCUUAUUAAUGACGCAUUCGUUUUCUCUCCUCUAUUAAUAAAUACAAAUCGGUAACGAAGGAAAGAAUAACUAUAAUAAUGUUUAUCAUACUAGUCAUUUUGUUUUAUAAUAUUUGUAUAAGAAAAAUGUAGAUAAAUUUUGUUGCAAAGUAUUUGAGUUUUGCACAGAUUACCGAGAAUUUAAUUUAUUAUUUAGCACGAAAUUACCUACCUGUACAGAAUCUUAAUUUUAUUUUGUAAUAAAUUAUAUACGGGUUCGUUAAUAAUUUAGUUUUAUUAUGUAGUUGUGUCAUAAAUUGUAUUAAGUUGUAAUGUGAUAAAAAGAUUAACAAUCAAUCGAAACAAAAACUUUCUGUAAUUUAUAAUCUGUACAUAGAAUUUUCGGUUUUGGAAAUGUACAACAUUUUAUUUACCUACCUUCUCAAAAAUGAAAACACAGCAUAGAGUUUAACUUUUGUCUAUAUAAAUUUAUUAUUCAAACUCUGUAGUGCUUUCGAAAAAAAAAUCAAUUUGUGCAGUUCUUCAAAUUUAUUGGUUUAUUUUUAUCGCUUAAUC